GUUUUGUAUCUGUGUCUAGGGAACUCGCUCACGCAAUCCCAAAUGGGAAGCCAGCUCCUCGGCCUGCCCGAGGCGGUGCCCUGGCGGGAAUCCCGGAGGGGCGCCAUUUUCCCCGCCAGCUCCCGUCGCGGACUACAUUUCCCAGAAACGUCCGCGAACUCAAGGCAGCCCCUUCUUUUGCUCGCGGGACCCCUCUUCGUCCUGGGACGGGAAAGUGCAUGCUCCGCUCCGCCAGAGGUACCCAGGGGAGAAAAGAGGAAUGGCUGUGGAGCGAGGCAAACAUAAGACAUCGUUGGUGUUCAGCGACGUGUCUCUGGACUUCUCUCAGGAAGAGUGGGAGUGCCUGGGCCCUGCGCAGAGGGACUUGUACAGAGACGUCAUGUUGGAGAACUACCGCCACCUGCUGUCAGUGGGUCCUCCCAUCCCCAAGCCUCAGGUGAUCUCUCUGUUGGAGCAAGGCAAAGAGCCCUGGAUGAUCGGCAAAGAGCUUACAAGAGGCCUGUGCUCCGCUCUGGAGUCGAUGUGUGAGAGCAAGCUGUUGUCGCUGAAGAAGGAAGUGUACGAGAUGGGGUCGUGCCCGCGGGCCCUGCUGGGGCUCGCCACGCCCGGCCUGGAGUACGCCAGCUUCAGGGAUGUUCUGGAAGGUGGGAGCCAGUUUCAGAGCGGACAGUUAAGCCAGGAAUCGCUCACGGGCGAACACGCGCCCGCCUCCCUUGCACAGACUUUCUUUUCCCCGCGUCAAGUGAUUAGCACGGAUGAGAGGCCCUACGAGUGCAGAAAGUGCAGGAAGGUGUUUACCCAGAGCUCCCAGUUCCUCCAGCACCAGAGGGCUCACGCUGGCGAGAAGUCCCACGAGUGCAAGCAGUGCGGGAAGUUCUUCAGCUGCGGCUCGCACGUCACCCGGCACCUCAAAAUCCACACCGGCGAGAAGCCCUUCGCGUGCAAGGAGUGCGGGAAGACCUUCAGCUGCAGCUCCUACCUGUCGCAGCACCAGCGCAUCCACACGGGCAAGAAGCCGUACGCGUGCAAGGCCUGCGGCAAGGCCUUCAGCUACUGCUCCAACCUCAUCGACCACCAGCGCAUCCACACCGGGGAGAAGCCGUACGCGUGCAAAGUGUGCGGCAAGGCCUUCACCAAGAGCUCCCAACUCUUCCAGCACGUGCGCGUGCACACGGGGGAGAAGCCGUACGAGUGCAAGGAGUGCGGCAAGGCCUUCACCCAGAGCUCGAAGCUCGUCCAGCACCAGAGGACGCACACCGGGGAGAAGCCGUACGGCUGCGGGGAGUGCGGCAAGGCCUUCAGCAGCGGCUCGGCGCUGACCAACCACCAGAGGAUCCACAGCGGGGAGAAGCCGUACUGCUGCGGGGAGUGCGGCAAGGCCUUCACCCAGAGCUCGCAGCUCCGCCAGCACCAGAGGAUCCACGCCGGCGAGAAGCCCUUCGAGUGCCUGGAGUGUGGGAAAGCCUUCACGCAGAACUCACAGCUCUUCCAACACCAGAGAGUCCACUCCGACGAGAAGCCGUACGAAUGCAGGAAGUGCGGCAAGGCCUUCAACAAAUGCUCCAAUCUGACCCGCCACCUGCGGAUCCACAGCGAGGACAAGCCGGGCAGCUAA